UUCUACUUGAUUGAGUAUUUUGUCGUUGUUGGAGUUAAAUCGCAACUUCAAUGACGGUAGCUACGACAGCAUAUUCAACCUUUUGAUUGGUUCGUUUUGUUUUUAGUUUUUGAAUAAUGAAAACAAAUACAAACAAACCUACCAGACAAACGCUAGCAACAUAGUUUUUUGGGUUUGCUUCGCAAAUAAUUUUAGAAAAAAAACGAAAGUUCUGAAAUGUCAUUACACACAAGAAUACAAGUACAGCCUGCUGUUUUGCGAGGGAAAAACGUUAAAAUAACAGGACGAAAUGUGUCACCUUUUCCAAGUAUUGCAAUGAAAAGCGCUGUGGUUAAUUUCAUCACGUUAACUGUAUUUCUUCCUCAUUGUGUUGAAGGACAAUUUCAAGGUUUGAAAUGCAUUAACAUCACAUUAAACGAAACUCAGAUACUCUGCCUUAACAUAACAACUCCAACUGUUGUCACGAUGCCAAGACAUCAUCCAAAGGGUAUCAGUUUCAUCUUAUCACCCAAUCAAAUUACUCCAAGUAAAGGUUUAUGCACGGAUAGCGAGAAGAGCGGCAACUGUAUCGAUUUCUUCUGUACCUAUGGUUACAUUAAAAAUGGUAGCUCUUGUGUUAAACAGAAGGUCAAAGCGAAUAAGAAAGCUAGAACUCCAACAUUUAAUUCUUGUUUACAGGUUGCCAAUUUCUCAAUGUUUUUAAAAGUCAAUGGAAACGAACUUAAAAGGCCUAAUUGGAAAUUCAAAAGUUUCAUGGGCCCAGAGUAUACUUUUGAACAAACUUUAGAUAAGAAUUUCGUUAGACUUAACAGUCCACUUACGUUUAAACUUCCUCGGAUAAUUAAUGACGUUAGAAAUCAAUUCAGGUAUGGAAAAUUUAUCAAGAAAUUCUAUUAUUCUUCCACAUCAGCACAUUUUACUAAAAUGUACGGCCUUGCUUUCGCACGAACAUUUCCUAAUGGAAGCUUAUGCGCCAACACAUUGCAUCUACCUGUUGGAAAACAAAUGCAAUUUAACACUAACUGUACGGUGACGAUCCAAAACCAAACAUUUGAUUUCAUAGCAUUAAUUGAGCAGACUAAUAAUUCAGUGAUAAAAAACGAAAUUAUUGUAUGCCGUCAAUUUUAUCACACAAAAAGAUCGGGCUGUCCUUUACGUUUAUUGAGUAACACGUCCGUGGAUGAGAAUCAAACAUUGAUUGAUCAUGCAACAAAGAAACGCUACAAACCGGACGAAUAUCUCCCUUAUGCUACUGGUAUGGGUACAUGUAUACAACUACAGAGACACAGUGCAUACAGCUGGCACAUACUACUGGAAAAUAUAGAACGUUAUGUUACUUUAGUUGGAUUGCCAGUUGGGAUUUUUUGUUAUGUAUGGUUAUUGAUUGUAUUUUUAAGAAAUCGGAAGCUGCAAAACAUUUCUGGGUUAACCACUAUCGGCUUGUGCAUAUCUCUUUUGCUUUCAGAUAUAUUUUUUCUCUUUGCGUUAUUUUCUGCAAAAUACAAAAAGUUAUGUACAGUAACCGCCAUUUUGCUUCAUUGGAGCCUAUUACUUGGCUAUGUAUGGGCCGUAAUUAUUUCUUUUGAAAUCGCGAUAAGUUUUCGUUCGUCAUUUACAUUAAUCAGAAAUCGACGCGGCUGCAAACGCUUUUGGAAUUAUGCAUCGGUAGCCAUACUCGUUGCUACAGCAACCAUCAUAACAUCGCUAGUGCUAACAAAAACCAAAACUCUAGAUUUCAAAUAUGGUGGAGACAGUGGCGUAUGUUGGAUUCAGAACUACGAGGCUGCCAUAUUUAGUUUUGUUGCACCCGUGGCGUUUUUAACAUUGACUUCUAUAACUUUACUAUUUUAUACAAUCUUUACUAUAGACAAGGAAACAAAGAAAAAUAAAGGAUUGAUAAAGAAUAGCGGAACAGACAUAUCAAAAGUAGCUUUAAGAUUGAUACUGACUCUGGGUACAAUCGAAUGUUUGGGAUUCAUCCGAAUUACAAGAUCGGAUUUAUCGGAAUCAGAGGAAAUCUUUAACGCUACUUUUCAAUUCAUUUUCACUUGCAUGAGAAGUUUUCGAGGUUGCUGCCUGUGGGGUGUUUUAAUUUGCAGUCGAAGGAUAAAAACGUUACACAAGGAAUGGCUGAGAAAACACGUUUUUGCUGAAAAUAAAACAAUUAGUUUUCAGUCUGGAAAAUCAGUUUUAAGAAUUCGCAGUACAACAACUGAAUCGAUAUGCUGAUUUCAAAGGACAGUUUGUUCUCCUUUUUAUUAUUAGUUUUCCUAACAUUUAUUUUAGCAUACCAACCCUCUUUAUUUAUGCAGAAAUUACUCUUUUUUUAGAGCAAAAGUCAUGGUAUUUACGUGAAAAGAAUCCAUUAUUGGCAAGCAAUUUUAAAAAAAUAGUUAAUUGAGAAAUGUCUGCUUUGAUGGUUUAUUCAAACUUGACUUUCCCAACAUGUGUGACAGUGUAGCGUAUAAGAAGUGCGCAGCGUUGCGCAAAAAGUGCGCAGUUUUGUAUAAGAAGUGCGCAGUGAUGCAUUAGCAGUUCGCAGUGAUUUAUAGAAAGUUCCCAGUGGUGUAUAAGAAGUGCGCAGUGUUUUAUAAGAAGUCCGUAGUGUUGUAUAAGAAGUACGCUGUGUUAAAAAGUUCAUAGUGUUGUAUAAAAAGUGCACAGUGUUUUGUAAGAAGUCCGUAGUGUUGUAUAAGAAGUGCGCAGUAUUGCAUAAGAAGUGCUCAGUGUUGUUUAGGAAGUACGCAUUUUUGUUAAAGAAGUUCACAGUCCCGUGUUAGAAGUGCACAGUGUUGCGUGAGAAGUAUGCAGUAUCUUUAAAAAAGCGCGCAGUAUUGUAUUAAUUUUUAUGGAACUUCUGCAAACAUAAACCAUAUAAUUUUGCAAAGUGGAAAAUAAGCUCGCGAAAAAUAAACUUUUGCAAAAUCUUCAAAGCAACUUCUUUACUUUAAUAUAUCUAGGAGGAUUAUGCACAUAUUUUAUUUGCCGUGAGCGUACCAGUAUGGAUGUGAUUAGAGUAGGGAAUCCUGAACUUAAUAUCUGCUAGAUGGCUUGUGUUUUCAACAUACAUUAUGUACCAUGUGUCUUCUUCGGAUUUUAGUGUAUGUCUUCAAUAUAGGUGGAUGUGUUGUGAGUUACAUGUUAUAUCGUAAUCUUCUGUUUGCACUGAUGCUUAACAUAACAAUAACGAGCAUUUUCGUAGGUUUGCAUAGAUGGCGAAUAAUUAGAUAGCCUUUGAAUAUCUGUAUAUGUAAAUGAGUUUAAACUGCGUGGAUGUAAAAUAUUUUUCGAAUACUUGGUAUCUCUAACAACUAUUGUUUUCUUUUCUUAGCCCAAUAGGCCGAGUUGUUUCCAAUAUCCGGACCUAAUUCUGCUACGGUUGUUUCCUCAUCACUCAACAGAACAUAGUUUUAAGAUACCACAAAGGAAAAAAAUGGUAAGAUGGUAAAGGGAUGGUAAUGGUAAAAAUGAAGUUUUUGCUUAUGUCAGGAUUUUUACUAUGACGUUACGAAAAGCGUGACAUUGAUUCAAAAUUGGUUUGUCUGUUUGAAAUACAUUGCUCUGGAAAUCCGGUUCUACUGGUUAUUGGAUAACUUGCCCCAGACUCAGGAAAUCGGAUUAGAAUAGGAUUGUUAUCUAUGCUCUGAGCGGUUCCUUGCUUUCAUAAUUUACUGUUUCUUCAGCUGAGCGAUAGAGCACAACACAGAGAUGGUACGAUU